GCCCCGCCCGGCCUCGGCUCCGCCCCGGCUCCGCCCCCCGCACCCCCAGCCCGGCCACCGCGGCCCCCGGGACAGAGCGACGCGGAACCCCGGGCCGCUGGCGGCCGCCCGGGUCCCCAGCAUGAUCCUCGGCAGCCUGAGCCGGGCGGGGCCCCUCCCUCUGCUUCGGCAGACCCCCAUCAUGCAGCCCCCGCUGGACCUCAAGCAAAUCCUGCCGUUCCCCCUGGAGCCGGCCCCCACCCUGGGCCUCUUUGGCAACUACAGCACCAUGGACCCCGUACAGAAGGCUGUGCUUUCCCACACUUUUGGGGGACCCUUGCUCAAGACUAAGAGGCCCAUCAUUUCCUGUAAUGUCUGUCAGAUCCGCUUCAAUUCUCAGAGCCAGGCCGAGGCACACUACAAGGGUAACCGCCAUGCCCGGAGAGUCAAAGGCAUUGAGGCUGCCAAGACCCGAGGCAGGGAGCCUGGCCUCCGGGAACCUGGAGACACGGCUCCCACAGGCAGCACCCCCCCAAAUGGAGAGGGGGUAGCCCCCCGCCCAGUUUCCAUGGAGAACGGGCAGGGUCCAGCCCCAGGAUCUCCAGAGAAACAGCCUGGCUCCCCGUCCCCUCCCAGCGUUCCGGAGACGGGUCAGGGGGCAACCAAAGGUGAAGCGGGGCCUCCAGCUUCAGCUUCAUCAGCCUCCCUGCCCGGGGGCAGCAAGGAAGAGGAGGAGAAGGCCAAGCGGCUGCUCUACUGUGCUCUGUGCAAGGUGGCGGUGAACUCCCUGUCCCAGCUGGAGGCACAUAACAAAGGUACUAAGCACAAGACAAUUCUGGAGGCCCGAAGUGGGCUGGGCCCCAUCAAAGCUUACCCUCGCCUGGGGCCUACCACCCCUGGGGAGCCAGAGGCCCCUGCCCAGGACCGAACCUUUCACUGUGAGAUCUGCAACGUCAAGGUCAACUCGGAGGUCCAACUGAAACAGCACAUUUCCAGCCGCCGGCACCGAGAUGGCGUGGCCGGGAAGCCCAACCCGCUCCUGAGCCGCCACAAGAAGCCGAGGGGCGCCGCGGAGCUGGCGAGCACGCUGACUUUCUCCAAGGAGCUGCCCAAGUCCCUGGCCGGCGGCCUGCUCCCCAGCCCCCUGGCGGUGGCUGCGGUAAUGGCAGCGGCGGCAGGCUCUCCGCUGUCCCUGCGCCCAGCUCCGGCAGCGCCUCUUCUCCAGGGACCGCCCAUCACCCACCCCUUGCUCCACCCGGCCCCCGGGCCCAUCCGAACGGCGCAUGGACCCAUUCUAUUCUCCCCCUACUGACCGGAGCCCCUGAACCCCCUCCCGCUCAACGCCCCCACCUCCAGCCGGGACCCAGGCCUCCUCCUGGCACUCCCUGAAUGAUCUCUCUCCUCCCCCCCCCACCCCGAGGUACGGGGUUCCAGGAAAGGGGAGGGGUAGUGGGGGAGGGGGGCUUCAGAAGGGGGGGAACACCCCAGAUCUCAGGGAACCCCGCCCCCUGCCCUUUCCUCUCCCCUAGAAAAGGGGGGGCCGUCUCGCCCGGAGCCCCCUUGGAGACACCCCCCCUCCCAAAAGCCAUGUCCAUCCAGCCCUUCCCCCCAAACCUAGCACAAAACGGGGUUCACAAGCCAUGGUCGGGGUCCGGGGGAGGGCAGAAAUGGAUUUUUCUUGGCAAUAAGCGGACUCCGGGACUCCGGCCCCCCUACCCCAACAUUGAAGCGCUUCCGUGAACACCUUCGUCCUCCGCAGCGGGAGGGGAAGAGGCGGGAUCCCUCAUAAGCACUUUGGUUUUACCGCCUGCAGCCUCACUGUGCCCGCCCGCUCCACGCUCCUGCCCCAGGCCUAGCCGGGCCCCUCGCAGGUGCAGCCCCGGGAGGCAUCUCUGGCACUUGGGUGGGACCAAGUAGAUGCCCCUAUAGGCCCUUCCCUCCCCUCCCUCCCCAGUCCGGGUUCCAUUCUUCUCACCAGCACCCAUCGCCCAAGGGGUACUGAGGGGGGCAAGGGGUGUCCAGUCCAAGCCCACCCCCGCCUCGCCUUCCGCAAAACUGUGAGCAAAAAGCAAUAGAAGCCUCGCCCCCGCCCCCUCCCCCCUUUCCGCAGGAUUUGCAGUCUGUAGCCUCCCCCAUCCCAGUCCCCAGACCUACGAGCUGUCCCCUCCCACCAGGCACCACACAGUACGACUUGGGCGGGGGCGUGAGCUCCCCCAACCCCCUGUGAUUUCCGUAUUGUCAUCCCUUCCACACACUGACCCGGGAGGGGGACGGCCCCCCCACUGGCCUUCAACUCUUUCUGCUUGAUGAUGUAGCAACUCUCUCCCCGACCCAUGUCUUUCCCUUCUCCCUCUCCCUGACAAUAAAGUCUGGAUUCGUUGCCCUCUGUU